AUUUCACAAUUCUGGAACUUCCGCUUUGAACAGACGAAAGUUUUUGUAGAAAGAGAAGUAUUCUGCUUGACUUGGAGAUAAGAAUGGAGACAUUUGCAAAUUAAAAUCACCGGAUGAGAAUGAUGAUUAGACCAUGGCAAGCAAAGAGCUACAUCAUCCAAACAAAUCAUUCAGUCCAUCAACAGAUACCUCCAGUCCUUCAUCCGAGAGUUUUGCGUUUGAAACCAAAUUUAUUGUCCUGAAUUUUAUUGGUCAGAAUCCACACGAAAGGCAUCCUGGCUGUGUUUAUUCAUCUACCACAUCAAGUGCUGCAUCAGACUCCAAUCCAUUUCCUUUUCAUUCUAAGAAAGGUCAUCAGUCCUUUCCAACAUCACCACGUAAACUAGUUAAAACACAUAAACUAGGUCAUUUAGAUGCAUCAUUUCAUGCCUCAGAGGACAAUGUAAAUUAUAAAUAUAAGAAGGAACACAAGAAAUUAAAUGAGCCAUCUGUAGAACCAUUUGAAGGACAUUUAGGUGACAGCCAACCUACUAAAUCAUCAUCUGCUGAUAAAAUUCGUGAUAAAAGACAUUUUAAAUCUGUCUCCCUUGAUCAUGGUUUAAACCAGGGCAGAUAUUUUCAGGAAUCUGAUAGUUCGCCAGUUAUUGAUGUUGAUAAGCCAUUUGUUUCUGAAAGAACCCCCUUCUUGAACUACAGGCAAUCUAGAGUAGAGAGUGAAUUGAGUAGUGAUGUCUGUAAUCUGAGUUACACUAGUGAUGCUGAUGAUGAGUAUGAGUCCACUACAUCCAGUUUAUUUAGCAGUUUUACUGAGCCAGGUGGGCGUGGGAGCAGAGAACAAAGGUUGUCUAUUGUGAAGAGUGAGAGUGAAUUGGAAACAGAUGUUAGCACAGUUGCUGGUGACAUUUCUACUGAUGGAGUUGGUCUGGAAGACGAUAUCUUCCCUGAAGAACAACCUAUGUUUAGACAAGUUCAAUGCAUAGGACAGGUUGGAAAUGAUGAAAGAUUAUCUGCACAUUCCAUUCAUUUACCAGACUAUUUACAGUCACCUACAGAAAAUCUUCCAUCAAGUAGUAAAAGGUUAGGCGUAACUGAAUCAGAGAGUGUAUCCUUAGGCAUUGGUAGCAGAAGUGGUACCACAGAUCGAUCAGCUGAUCGUAGCAAGUUACGUUUAGUUAUUAGAGACCAACAGGAAUGGGAAGAGGAACAGAGAACAGAGAUACGUCAAGUCCUUGCCACUGUAGAAGAUGAAGUAAAUACACAGAUGCUUUUUUUGGAAUCUGAAGUUGAUGAGGCUAUUAAAAGACAUCUAAUUACUCCUGGAGAAUCUCCUUUUAUUGCACCAUUGUCUCCCCAUACUGAGGCAGCCAUGACCUUAGCCAGAAUUGGUGAUGAGAUUAAGGAUUUCUAUGGUGAUCGUCUGACUAUGGCAGUGGCAGGGCUCUGUACAGAAGAACAAAGUGUUGUCUCAUAUGAAAAUUUUAGAUGUGUAGCUUGUUCUGUGAUUGACCAAGAAGUUCCAGGCUGGAGACAAGUAGCUUUACUAUUGGUGUAUGGACAAAGUGUAGCAUGGAGAGUAGCAGAGUUUGGGUACACUGAGUUUGGACACCUGGUUAGCAACACAGUUAGAUUGAUCUCAGAGUUAUACUCAGAAUUUAUCACAUCACAAGGAGGAUGGGGAGCUGUAAUGCAAUAUGAAUCCAGUCUGUCAUCCUCUCUCAGUCCACAUCAUAGUUCCUCGGAAAACACUUCACCUAGAGAAGAGACUGGUCACAAAACUGAAGAUUUUAACCUUGUAAUUUUUGGAAAAGACAAAGCAUAUGUAAAUCAUGUGAAUCUUGUACAAGAUAAAUCCUCUGGAGAUCAUAUGACUUUUGUUCCGCCACCAGAUGAGUCUGCAUGUGACCAAAUCAUUAAUGAAAAUCAUCAUUCCCAUGAUGAACACAAAACAAUUUCAUUGGCCGAUAUACUUAUGACCUUUUCAACUUCUGAUGGUAUAGAAAAUAAUCAAAUAACUGAAUCAUCAGAUAAAUCAGCUGACUGUCAUGAGGUAUUUGAACCAUCUAUUGAUGAGUGUGCCCAAUUCAGGAUCACUGAUGAUACAGAUAACAACAAUUCAUUUAAGCAUUUAUUAGAAGAUAAUCAUACAAUAUCUAGUCCUGAUGAAAACCAAGGGAACAAAUCAGACAGCAAUAUUAAUCAAAGUACUCGUUUACGUCCAAAAACUCAUCAAUUUAAUUCUCAGCGUAAUGGCAGUUGUUCUUCAAUUGAUCCUCCGUCCGCCAGCAACCAUAAUGAUGCCAGUAACAUAUGUAUUUCUGACAAUGAUUCUCCUGUACAUGAUGCAUCGGAGAGAGAAGACUCAGAUAGUACUGUCUCAUUUGUUCAAAGAAAUAGUUCUUCUAACAAUAACACAUCUCAUCAGGAGACUGUAGAAAGUAACACUCAGCAUGGUGAUAUACCUCCAGAACAAAUGGUAGAGUACGAUGAAACUUCAGACAUAUCACUCAAUGGUGACCAUCACACACCCUAUAAUUAUGAGUCACAGACGAGUAAUGAGAGUUCUGACUUAUUCACAAGAUUUUUCAGUGUAAGAACUCUGGCUACUUUAGGAGUGUGUGCUAUUGGUAUCAUUGUUACGAUUGCUACUUCUCGCAGAUAGCUAUUAUACAUUCCUAACUUGCAUUUGAUAUAUAAUUUUAAUUGUAAAGUAAAACAUUCAGCAUUUGAAAUGAGGUUUAAGUCAGCUAUUUAAUUUAUAUCAAAUCCCCUAAUAAUUUUACACAAGAUAUUUUUAUAAAAUUGUGCACUAAUUUAAUAAAUAAAACGUCAUAAUAUGAAUUUAUUCUUGCACUUAUUCAUAACAUGCAAACUAAAUGAUUUGUAAGUUUCUGUGAAAGAACUUUUGUUAAAGAGAACAUUUUAUUUAGGACCAAAUAAUCCUUACAAGUGUAUUAAACCAUUUGUUAAUUUGCAUAAAAAAAGGUUGAAUCUAUGAAAUAUAAUAAUACAUUGUGCUUAAUUUUUUAUCCUUUCAUUAAAUAUACAUCUUUAAAAGGACAUCAAAUUUUAAUAGCAAAAUGUUGACAUUUUUAUAAAUAUUACUUGACCAGCAGAUUCUGAGAUCUGCUAUGGAGCACAGCCCAGUAACUGAGAUAAUCAUAUAAUGCAAGUGUAUUUAAUCGUGAGAUAAGAGAGUAGUUAAACAAAAAUUUUAAAGACAAUGGCUCAUGGUAAUUUUAAAUGCAUUUCAACAUUGUAAUGACAAAAAAACAACAUUUAGCCAGUUUACACACUUAAGUUAAACUGAAUUUUUGCUUUAUUUUAACAUUUUCAGGCUUACAAUAUAAAGGUUAUAUGAGAAAAUGUGUGAAAUUAUAGUCAAUGAACAGUAAGUAUUCAUCUGAAUAAAAAGCAAAAUAUAGCUUGUUCUGUGCCAAAACAAACCCAAUAGUUUUCCUAAGGAUGUCUUGCAAUUAUUUGAUUUUUCGCUUACAUCAAAAUCAAGACAGUCCCAUAAAUUGUCUUGAAUCAAAGUUAUAAAUUGUCUCAAAUCAAAGUUAUAAAUUGUCUCCAAUCAAAGUUUUCUACCUUGAAUAUUAUUGAAUUCUUCUUAUUGGACUAAAACUGAUCGCUGAAGAUUUUUUUUUAUGUCAUUACCAUAGAUUUUUUACAUGACACAUGGUAAAGGUUGUACAUUUUUUGUAAAGCAUAAGAUUAGAGAAAAAUAAAUGAACUAAAAAUGAUCUUGAUAAAGAAAAUUUAUCUUCUUGUAGUCAGAAAUAGGGAAUCAAGUAAUUUCAGUUUAAGUCAUAUAUUAAUCAGAUAUUUUUUAGUCAGUUCACCUUGAGCUUAAAAGCUUGAAGAUAUGAUAUUAUAGUUGCUUUAAAUGUGCAUUUGAUCAAUGUUUUCUGCUUUAUGUAAACAGUUGUAUAGUAAUUUGUUAAAUUUCCUCAUAUUCUUGACAUUUACAUAUUUAAUAUGUGAGCAUGCCAAUAUUAGCAUUAAAUGUUUUACGCUGUUGAGUUUUGAUAAAUAUGCUUUUGUGUUAUAUAUAUUAUUUAAAAUAAUAAUUGAUUAGUUAAAGUUUUAAUUCUGAUUAAUUAUAAGUUAGUAAAUGUUUGAAUUACAUUCCAGUUUUUUUGGUAUCUUGUCUCAAUUUUUGUGUAAAGAUUGCACAAAGUGCAAGAGAAUCCCCAUUGUCAUGGGAUGGAUUACAUGCUACACCUGCCUCAAAAACAGAAAUUACAAGUACAUGUAUCAAACAUGGGGAAAUGUACUUAUUAUUAACUAUGUACAGGUAUUUCAAUAAUAUUCAGUAAACUGGAUCAGUUAGCAGCCAAGUCAUUCAAGAAGUCAAGAAAUAAAAAGAAAAAAGAAAAAUUUCUUUCCUUGUGCCAUAUGUCGACAGUGAUGCAUGAUCAUAUCCAUACAUUUUCAAACAUAAUCAGGGUGGGAUAUACGUUUUGGGUUUGUUUGAUUUUAGCCAUCGUCUCAUGGUCCUGUUUUUUGCCUAGUGCAGUGAGGUGUAAAUGCUUUAGAUGGUAUGCAUGCCAAUAUCAUGAUUUAUUAAUACUUACAUUUAAAUUACAAAAUUCAAAAUAUUACCCAAAUAUGAGUUUUGGCAUAAUACAAUGCCAUGUUUAUUUCACAGUGCACAAUCAAAGUAAUCUUAAGUGUCAAUAAGCACUUUAAUUAAUUACAUCAUAAGACCUGUAUCAUGAAUUGCUUUAAUUUCUUAUCUUUAGUAGAAUGGUAUAUAUAUGUUAAAAAAUGAAAAAAAGUCUUUUUAUAUUUUUCAAAAUUGUAGUUUUUGUUAUACCAUUACCACUAAAAAAAUUAUACAGCACAUAUCUUUAAAUUUUGGGUACCAAGAUAUUUAAUUUGGAUUAAUCUGUGUAUAUGAGAAGAAAAUGUACACAGUUGUGAUUUAAACAUUUUAAGUAUACUGGUCUGAAAAAUUAUUUAUCUCCCAAUACUAUUGUGAUCUGAAGAAAACUCUAAUGAUGUGUUGCUAUGUUAAAAAUCUCAAACAUGUUUUGCUCCCAUAAACUAUAUUCCUUAUCAUGAUUAAUAGUAAAACAACUUUCAAAAUCUCUAUUUUUAUAAUCAUAUUAGCCAUUCAAUGGACAUAGUUUAUACCAAGUUAAAACCAAAGGUUAUGUUUUAUUUCUGUGUUUUAUAUAUUAAUUUGUUAUGUUUACAUGUCAUGUUGCUCAACUGAUUUAUUACUGGUUCAAUAAAAUAUGUGUUAAUUUA